AUGGCCCUGACCAUUGCCGGCACCGGCUUCAGCACCUGCACUAGCAAGAAGCUGCGCGUUCUGCUCAUCCCUUUCUUCGCGACCAGCCACAUCGAGCCCUUCACCGACCUUGCCAUCCGCCUGGCCGCGGCCGCGGCCGUGGAGGCGACCGUUGCGGUCACGCCGGCGAACGUCUCCAUCGUCCGCUCCGUGCUGGAGCGUCACUACGGCAAACAUCACACUGCGCCUGUUAAGAUAACGACGUACCCGUUCCCGGCCGUGGACGGCCUCCCGGGGGGCGUCGAGAACCUCGGCAAGGCCGCGCCGGCCGACUCGUGGCGCAUCGACGCCACCGCCGUCAGCGACGCCCUGAUGCGCCCCGCGCAGGAGGCGCUCGUCAGGGAGCAGUCCCCGGACGCGCUCGUCACCGACCUGCACUUCGUCUGGAACGUCCGCGUCGCCGAGGAGCUCGGCGUGCCGUGCGUCCGGUUCAGCGUCAUCGGCGCCUUCUCGUCGCUCGCCAUGCGCCACCUCGAGCUCCUCGCCCCGGACGUCGCCGGCGGCGACCCCGACCCCGACGUUGUCGCCGUGGUCCCUCGGUUUCCGGGCCCUCCGGUACGGAUGCCGAGGGCCGAGCUGCCGGAGUUCCUGAGGAGGAAAGCGGAGGUGGGUUGCUCCACGAGAAACCCCUUCUACGCGGCGCAAGCUGACUGCUUCGGCCUCGCCGUCAACACAUUCUCAGACCUGGAGCAGCACUACUGCGAGAUGCAGAUGCGCCAAGGCUACGUGAAGCGCGCCUACUUCCUAGGGCCUGUCUCGCCGCGGCCAUCGCCGGGCUGCAUCGACUGGCUUGACUCGAAACCAGACCGCUCGGUGGUGUACGUGUGCUUCGGCAGUCUCGCCCCCGUCUCGGACGCCCAGCUGCGCGAGCUGGCUCUCGGGCUGGAGGCCUCGGGAAGGCCGUUCCUGUGGGUGGUGAGGGCGGAGGAGUGGGCUCCGCCGGAGGGACGGGAGGAGCGUGUCAGAGACAGGGGGCUGAUGGUCACCACCUGGGCCCCGCAGACGGCCAUACUGGGGCACCAGGCGGUGGGCGCGUUCGUGACCCACUGCGGGUGGAACUCGGUGCUGGAGACGGUGGCCGCCGGUGUGCCGGUGCUGACAUGGCCGCUGGUGUUCGAGCAGUUCAUCACCGAGAGGCUGGUCACGGAGGUCCUCGGGAUCGGGGAGCGGCUGUGGCCUCACGGCGCCGGCGUACGGAGCACGAGCAGUGCAGAACACGAGCUAGUCCCCGCCGAAGCUGUGGCGCGGGUAGUGAUGGCGUUCAUGCCCCCUGGAGGACCAGGGGACGCGGCGAGGGGCAGGCCGUUCCAUGUACUCGCUGCACCGGCUGGACGCCAAUACGCCAUGAAGCACCUCUUCUACCCGUCAGCAGAAGCGCUCAAAGCAGCUGCACAGGAUGCAAGGACGACGACGAAGAAGAAACCAUCAACGCUAGAGCGCCUUUCGGUUCUGCCGAAGCCGGAGAUCAAUUUUCAUCCCAAGUCCAGUGUAACAGGUAGUAGUACGAUCAGGGAUUCCUUCUCUCUGCUCGGAAGAGACGGCAUCGUCUUCACCGACUCCUCCGGUACGACGGCACUGUACAGCACCGUCGAUGGCACCGUCGCGACCAUCCCUCGCACCGCCCGUUCAAUCACGGGCCCUUACUGCAUGAACCUCCCCAUGACCCCGGCCGACCGGACUGAAGAAGAGCGAAGAUCUCUCUAUGUCAUGGACCUGUCAGAGCACGUCAGGGUAGACGAUCUCUUCCAAGUCCUCGCCUGCCACCAGGAUGAUGGGUGGCAUUGGCGUGCUCUGCCGGCGCCGCCGUUCGUCUCUCGCUACCCUUACGACUUCGGACGAACGACUUGCUACACAGCGGUCGACAGCUCCACCAUCUGCAUGUCGUCCACGCAAGGGGGCUUCGGCACGUACGCCUUCGACACGGCGAGGCACGUGCAGGCACGUGUGGAGGCAGGUCGGCAAAUGGGCGCUGCCCUGCCCCCCCUUUCCCAGGUUAUGCGCCUUGGACCUCUCCGCCAUGGACGGCGCGGAGCAGCCACCGGCGCCGCAAGGUGCUUGGGAUUUUCUUGA